CUAAYAGCYCACUAAAAGUUCACAAAAGACGAGCAAGAUCUCCUGAAAUGAGGCCGUUUAACGUAGCUUUAAGUUGUUUAACAAGYAUUAUAAUCCUACCAACAUUAUUUUUCAAUCGAAAAAGAAUUCUGUGUAAAGCAGAAAAGGAUCCCUACUGCACUUCAGAAGUCACUUACGAAAAAGAGCAGAAAUCAGCAGUGAAUAUAGCAAUCAUUGGAGCCGGCCUGGGGGGGUCAGCCGCUUCGUAUUUUACACGAAAACUAUUUGGUUCAAGAGCGAAAAUCGAUGUGUACGAAUCUAGUGAUCAUGUUGGAGGAAGACUUGGCGUUGUGGAGAUCGCAGGGAGGUUGUAUGAAUCAGGGGGGUCAGUUAUCCAUCCCAAGAAUCUUUAUAUGAAGAAUUUUACUCAAGAAUUUGGUCUUAAAAUGCUGCCAAGUUUAGAGUCAGACAGUYGUGUMGGUAUCUACGAUGGYACAGAUUUUGCUUUUCUGGGCAGCAAAUGGAARAUUGUCAACCUUCCAAARCUGCUUUGGAGAUAUGGAUUAGACAUGUUUACCUUUGAUGAUUGGGUCAAAACAAUGCUCAGAAGCUUUUCAAAUAUAUACACCCUUCAAGCUGAGGGCAAAACUUACCAUAAUGUUGAUGAACUGCUUACAGCUAUGGGUGGGAAGGAUUUUGUUGACAUGUUGAAUWGGACAACCAGAGAAGAACUGAGKAAACGUGGUGUCAAAGAUUUAACAAUUGACGAGAUCGCGACAGGUGUCAUGAGGGUCAAUUAUGGACAAGACACGUCAAUCAAUGCUUUUGCAGGUUCAGUAUCUUUGGCAGGUGUUGAAGGAGGUCUUUGGUCUGUAGAGGGUGGUAACUGGAAAGUAUGUGAAUCUCUUUUGGCUGCUUCAGGUGCAACUGUUUUCCAGGAUACCAAAGUCGGUGAAGUAACCAGAGUUCACAACAAAGAUAGCAAYGCACUAACCUACUCCAUAUCCACAGACAAGGGACAAAGAAAUAAUUACGAUGCUGUUAUUGUUGCUGUUCCUCUGACAAGCAAAGAUAGCUUUUUCCCUUGCACAUCUUGUUCAAAAUGGCCCCAAACAAGUGACACCARGAARUUCUGGCAGACAGUUGCAACAUUUGUACAAGGCGACUUUAAUUACAAGCACUUUGGUUUUGAUAAAGAAGGUGACGUCCCAGAGGGAAUUCUGACAACAGAGAACAAGAAAAAUUACUUCAACUCCAUUGGCCUACAGCAACCAGUACAAGACAGAGAAAGUACAGAUAUCAGGGGAAAACCAGUCAGAAAAGUCUUCUCAAGAGAGAGACUAACAGACRAACAACUACAAGAGCUAUUUACAGCAAGAAAUGAGACCAAAGUAGUUGCRUGGMAAGCMUACCCAGAGCUAAAGCCACAGGAUAAUUUCAAGUCUUUUGUGUUGGAUGAUGGGGUGUUUUAUGUCAAUGCUAUUGAGUAUGCGGCAAGUGCAAUGGAAAUGUCAUGUGUUGGAGCUAAGAAUGCAGCCUUGCUGGCACAUCAGUACCAARGAAUGAAGAAAGAACAAGAAAAGAAAGAUAAAGUAAAGAAAAAGGUAUCAGAUGAGCUGUAAKAUUAAGYUAUGACUCUGAGCUGUACAUUGUAUUUGGCAACUGUAUGUUGAGAAGUUAGAAGGAAAGGCUUGCUUGCUUGACUAGAAGAAGGUUAAAAAUAAGGUUAAGUCGGGAAAAAGGGUGAUCUAUUUUCAAAUUGUACAAUAAUUGUUUCUUUUCACUCAUAUAUUAUAAAGGGGAUCAUACUUAUCCUAUAUUUUUGUAUUAUUAAUCAUACUUAUUAUAGCAAUCCCACUCUUACAAUUUUCCUCAGCCAUCCAAAAUGGCAUUAAAAGAGUGUGCACUUUUCAUAUAUAUUAAAAGAGUGUGCACUUUUCAUAUAUAAGAACUGAAUUAUGUAAUACAAUUAUGUUGAUUGUUUUUAUGUAGUUGUAGUAGCCUGUUUUUCUACUUUUGGGCCUCCUGUCUUCCGCAAAUUGACCGGGAGAGACUGGGGUCCCAACAAAGGAUACCAAAGGGAUCCCAAAAGUCCAAAAUGAAGUGCCGACUGUGGAGGGGACUAUAGUUAUGGUACCUUAUCAAUAUUAUCAAUAUUCUAAAUAUUGUACUUUAUUAUAAAUUACUAAAAAAUCAUUGUAAAAGGUGUGCAUAUAUCUGUAAAUGUAAUCAAUUUCAAUUUGUUUUAUAAAAAAAUAUAAGGUGUGUUGAAAGAGGUUCCAUGAUUUUAUCCUGAAAUCCAAUCUUUUGUCAAUCUAACACUGCCCUCAUUUCGAUUCGUUUUUAAUCAUAGUUUGUGAUAUCGUCUGCAGUUGGUUUAUACRCCAAAAUCUACCAUUAAUUKGUUGUCUU